CUGACAACAGUAUGGAUACAAAUGGCAAUUGUAAAAAGUCAGCAGUAGAUAAAAUUCGUGACUAUGUUCGACAAAGACGGCACAAUUCUGAUGUUACUAUGAAGAAACAUCCGAAUUUCAUAUCUCUUUUGUCUUAACAAAUGUUUAUUUGCUUAUAAUAACCUCAACUCCCAUUAGUGAGCAUUGUAGUCACCAUAUAAAUACUUGAAGUUUGUUUUAAAAUUGAUUUACAGUGACUACCUUAAUAUGUUGGGAGGAGGAGCAGAUUGUCUUGAUCUGGAUUUUGUGUAUGCUGAUACUGAUACUCAUGCAAAUGAAAUUGCUGAACUCUACAGUUAUACUGAACAACCAGAAUUCCAGCUUAAUGUUAAGGCUUUCGAAGAUCAAAUGGAACAAUAUGAUUUGCCUCCAAGUUGGCAAAGGCUAUCAAUUCCUCAAAGAAAAUCGGUUAUCAUGAAACUCCUUGAUCAGCUAGAAGUUAGUAGUAAAUUCAUUAGAAUGAAAGCAGCCCGGUGUAUCUUAUACUUGGCACAAGGGUGUUGGGCUGAAAUGCAGUCUGAUGCUGAACAACAACAAUGGACAAGGACAAAUAUUAUGUUAAUGUACAAUUUAGGAGUUUUCUCUGCUUUUAUAGAACUGUUUAAUAUUGAAAUUGAUAAUAGCAAUGCGGCUCACUCCGCCAUGAGAAAAAUAGCUAUAUCAUUAGCAGAUUCCCAGGACCUUAGAGUAAUAUUAUCGGUGUUGUAUAUAUUUGUAGAAGUAAUGCGCAAUGAAAAAUGCUCAGAAUUGAGAGAAUAUGAAGCUGAAGUAGAAUCAUUUUAUUUAGAAUUAACUUCUGCAGUUGGUGAAGAUCUGUUAGCAGUUAAAUUACUAGGAAUGGUCACUCAAUUUUGCAGUGGCGUUGCGCCUCACUUUCCUAUGAAAAAAGUAAUUUUAUUACUAUGGAAAGUGAUUCUUUUCUCUUUGGGAGGUAUGGAAACAUUAAGACAACUAAAAGCAGAAAAACGCUGGAAGGCAGGCUUAGCACCUCAAGAUGAAGAUACAUUAGAAAUAGCAAAAACUAUGAGAGCUUCAUCACCACCUGCUAGUGCCUCAGAUCUUCUUGAAGCUAACCAUAAACGUAGUAAUAGGUUCUUUAAAAAGAGUUUAAUUAAACAAAGUUCCCUGGAUGACCAUGAAUCUUUAGCUAUAGAAAUUGAUGGAACUGUUGGAAAUGAAAAUGCCGAUGAUAUUGUUCUGGCACUUGUAGAAUAUGAAGAAAUGAAAGCAGAUAACAAUCAACAAAUGGUAAAUAACUAUCAAAAUAGACCAAGCACUCCUAUUUCAGCCGGUCUGCCAUUACCUAGAGGUUUACCAUGGAAACCAAAAGUAAGACGAAAAGAUAUAGAUCUUUUUCUCGAAAAUGCCAGAAUGAAAUUCGUCGGCUAUAACUUACAAGGAGAUCGUGAUAGUCUAGCCGGACUUCCACAACCAAUUCAUGAAGGAGUGAAAACAUUAAAAGAACAUGUAUACGUAUCAUUAGCUGAACUUCAAAUAGAAAAUGAAGAAAAAAUUGCCAGAAAUCCACUCUCUUUCAGCGAGACUGACAUAGAAUUGAACCCAACAGAAAUACUCUACCAAGCAAUGCUACCUAACUUACCCCAAUACAUGAUUGCCUUGUUAAAGAUUCUUUUAGCAGCUGCUGCACCUACCUCAAAACUAAAAAGUGAAUACAUAAAUAUUAUGUCAGACGUUUUACCAGAAGAAAUGCCUAUGACAGUUCUUCAGUCAAUGAAACUCGGUAUAGAUGUGAACAGACACAAAGAAAUAAUUGUAAAAGUUGUAUCUGCUAUCCUACUACUUUUGCUCAAACAUUUUAAGCUAAAUCAUAUUUAUCAGUUUGAAUUCAUGUCUCAGCAUCUUGUCUUUGCAAACUGCAUCCCCUUAGUAUUAAAAUUCUUCAACCAAAACAUAAUGGCAUAUGUGGGAGCAAAAAAUAUUAUUCCAAUUUUGGAUUUUCCCUCUUGUGUAAUUGGUGAUCAACCAGAAUUGACUGCAGAAAGUUUGGAAAUUGGGGAUGCUGCCCCAUAUUCCUGGAGGAAUGUAUUCUCAUGUGUUAACUUAUUAAGAAUUUUAAAUAAACUUACCAAGUGGAAACAUUCUAGAAUAAUGAUGCUUGUAGUUUUUAAAUCGGCCCCAAUUCUUAAGAGAACACUGAAAGUCCGUCAUGCUAUGACACAGUUGUAUGUUUUAAAGUUAAUAAAAAUGCAAACAAAAUAUUUAGGAAGGCAAUGGAGAAAAUCUAAUAUGAAAACUAUUAGCGCUAUCUACUCAAAAGUUAGACAUCGUUUAAACGACGACUGGGCUUUCGGAAACGAUCUAGAUGCAAGACCUUGGGAUUUUCAAGCUGAAGAAUGCGCUUUACGUGCUUCAGUCGAUAGAUUUAACAACAGAAGAUACUCAAACGCACCAAAGGAUAUAGAAUUUGAACCAGUUGAUAACUGCCUUAGUAGCAUUUUGGGAUCAGGCUAUGACCUUUCAGAAAAUUUCAAAAGACACUAUGAACUUUGGUUGGAACAAGAAGUAUUUCGUAACGAAAUAGAAUGGGAAAAACUUUUAAAAGAUUAAGCGGUACUUAAAAUGUAGAAAAAAAUACAACUGGAGGUACCUUGAGUAACUGAAUAUAUGAAAAAUUUCAUAAGUCUGCUGUUAAGUAAUCUCGUUAGAUAGAUAAUGCGUAGACCAAAUGAAUGAAAAGAAUUAGAACCUGAAAAAUUGCUGCACAUUAAUGCCAUGUGCAUGUUAGUUUAUAAUUUAAUACUAUUAUUUAUACAUAAUAACUUGAUAAUUUACAGUACAAUAAUGGACUGCUGUAUAUAUCAUAAUAAAGAAACUCUUGUAACAUUGAUUAAAUUUU